ACACACACACACACACACACACACACACACACACACACACACACACACACACACACACACAUCCUGCACAAACAUCUCACAAUGUGCAAACACCAAACACUGCAAACAUCACUGAACGUCCAAGGAAUUGACUGUACACACAUCAUUGACUCCCCACACAGUCCACUUACACAGUGGCUAGAGAGGGCUGUCAUCACACACACACACAGACAUGUUGUUUUUCACAAUAUGGUCAACAGGGUGAAAUAGAUUUAGAUCUGGGGGUUGGGCCGGGCUUUAAUUACUGAUUAUUUAUUGAUUGCUUUUACACAUGGAGUUGUAGUAGACUAGUGGAGUGCGAAUGACACUGUUCCACAUGUGGUAAUGUUCAUGAUUGCACUGCAGCACUAAGUCAGCAUAUUACGGUUUUGGAUUUAUAUUUCAGACUUGUUUUAGAUUUGUUAGACUUAUAAAUGUUAUUUUGUGGUUUUAAAGCAAUAGUAUAUAGAAGCUGUGUGUAUGCGUGUGUAUGGUUGAGUGUGGUUUGAGUGUGGUGGAUGUGUGCACCUGUCAUGAAUAAGGGGCUAGAUACUAACUACAGCGGGGGAGAUUUUCACCAGGCAUAACCACACCCCAACUGGAGCAAAUCAAACAUGUAGCAUGAAGAUUCUUCUUUGACUUCUACAUUUGUGAAAGUGUGUCAGCUCGAAACUCAAAGCAGUAUUUUGUAACACUUUUUAUAAUUUUUCUACUUGAGUAGUUUAAUUUAUUUUUGUGUGUAUUUAAAAGUUUGGUGUAACCUAAGGUACAAUGUACUUACCCAAGCUGAAUAAUAAGGGGUAUAAAACACUUUAAUUUUCAUGUAAGAACAUGUUACAUGUGACUAUGUUUAAACCUAACCUUGACCCCAACCAUAGUAGUACACUUAACUACAUUUACUUAAAUAACAAGUACAUACUGCUAAUGAAUUAAGUAUGGUACAAGCAUAUUGUGUAACUAAGACUUCGUCAAAAUUUAGUGCAACCAAUAGUUAUACUAAUGCUUCAGUAAUUAAAACAUGAGAUUGGAUUAACCUUUAUCUUUAUAAAUGUUAUAUAUUUUAAAAACAACCAAUUGCAAAAUUAAUUACAACCACAGAGCCAAACCAUGUUGUUUAAGAUGACUUUACAGUGUGAUUUAUCUCUUUAUUUGCCUUGCUUUUGUGAUAGACUGGAAGUAGAGGAUCCAGCCUUUGGUUUAGUCUUGUGGUGUGCAUAUGUUGUUGUAUUGUUAUUUAAGGAUUUUAAGUAAGAAAUUAUUUCCAUUUAUGCAUUCUCUUAAUCCUGUCCACAUAGCAUUGGAAGCAUUGUACAUUGGUUUGCUUUAGUCCCGUCUGUAAUAUGGGAUUGUUAUUCUGUAUUUAAACUUGUCACAUCAUCAGUGCAAUUUCACUGGUUAACAAGAUGCAAUCUUCUUUUGCAAGUUCCUUUUUUACUUUCAGUCAGUGUGAGGCAUGAGUUCACAACUUUCUUCCCCUGUUUCGGCUUCGAUCACUAAAGACUACUUUGCAAUAUCAACUGUUGUCUUCAUCAUUGCACAAUCUUUUUCUUAAAAGUAGAAAAAUCGUUUAAGUUCUGAUUGACUGGAAUUAACAUUGCUGCAGAAAGUCCAGAUGUGUCAAUAAAAAGAUAUCGCUUGUCGCUACUGUUCAGCACAUUUUUGUGUGUAUACUAUGCAGUCUUUGAUAGAAUGAACACAUAAACAUUAACAGCCUUUUAUGGUGUUUUGAGAGUACAAAGAACCAUCCUUAAAAAAAGUUUACUAGCCUUCUCUCCUGCUUGUAACUGUAACUGCCACAUGCGAGACGCAUCCAUAGUUCAGGGUCUUUUGCCUUGUGUUCUUGAAUAGAAAAAAGGCAUAGUCUUCAGAGGUUUUUGCUCCCACACGGAAUGCCCAUUCAUAAGAAAGAUGGGCGGUGCUGGUAAUACGGUGGCAAUGCAGGUUGAUAGACGUGUUGCACUCGCUGGGAAGUGGGCAUUUGCAUCUGGAAGUUGCUCGCUCGCUCUCAGAAACCGCUGUGUUGGCUACUUCCGCAAGAGUAAGCAUAUAAAGAGAUCAUCGUGACAACAAGCCUAUUUCCACAACGGCACUGUAUGCAGAGAGAAGACUUUAUAUCAUCCCUGUACUCUUUGCAUGAUUUUAAGCGCCACCGGGACAUUUGUAUCUGUUCUGCAGUGUCUAUAACAAGCUGUUGCCUGCGGAGCAUGGAGACGGGACCCGAGGAAUGCGAGUUAGGAGGGGACAGCGACUCGUUGCCCUACCAAAAAAGAAUGUGGAAGCAAUUUCAAGCGAAAUCCAAACCGUUUAUGAGCAAUAAACUUGUCUCAAGUCGCAGUGAAGGGAAAAAAGAGGGCGGGAUCUGGAUAUUUAAGAAGAAGAAACAGCAUCAAAACGCCCUUGUCCGCACGCUGUCCUCCUCUCAUCCCAACCUGCACACUUUAGGAUCGUUGUGUGUCGGUGAAGAAGACAAGCCCCCCCGUUGCGGCACAGCGGAGCCGCGCAUCAGCAAGGCACGGGUGAUGUUACACGAAAACACUGCGGGGGGAGAGAUGGCCAAACAGGCGGGGACGGUGAAACAGAGCAGCCCUAAACCCACCGUGUCACAUUUGGUGCAAUCCCAUCACAAAAGCGCCUCUCUCGGCUCGGCGUGCCUCGAGUCGUCGCAGAGGGACCCUGUGCCCAGAGAUGAGGAGAAAAAACAGCUGGAUAACAGGGGGUUGAGUAUCCAUGCCCCUGGGCAGCGUAGCGCAUCGCCCGCCCUCCCCUUCUCCGGCAUGCUCCAGCUGGACAUUGUGCUCAAAAAGGGCAACAACCUGGCCGCACGAGACCGAGGAGGAACAAGUGAUCCGUAUGUGAAGUUUAAAUUGUCUGGUAAAGAAGUGUAUCGCAGCAGAACCAUCCAGAAGAAUCUGAACCCCGUGUGGGAAGAGAGAGUCUGUCUAAUAGUGGAUAGCCUGCAUGAGCCACUGUAUAUAAAAGUGUUUGACUAUGACUUUGGCCUUCAUGAUGACUUUAUAGGCUCAGCCUAUCUUUACCUUGAGUCUCUGGAACAGAACAGGCCUCUGGAUGUGUCACUGGACCUGAGGGACCCCCAUCACCCCCAGCAGGACCUGGGCACCCUGGACCUUGUAGUCACUCUGGCCCCCAAAGACAGGGUGGACAACGAGGCAAAAGCAGGCCUGAAAGCGUACCGGUGGAAGCCUUACGUAUCUAAAACUAUGCUUCUCAGGAGGAGCUGGAAGAGAUCCAGCAAGACUCAGCAGCAGAGUCUCCGGCUGUCGGACCUGCACAGGAAGUGUCAACUGUGGAGUGGCAUCGUGAGCAUCAGCCUCAUCGAAGGUCGUGACCUCAUUCCCAUGGACCAGAAUGGCUUCAGUGACCCCUACGUCAAGUUCCGCCUCGGACAUCAGAAGUACAAAAGCAAGACCAUGCCAAAGACACUGAACCCCCAGUGGAGGGAGCCGUUUGACCUGCACCUGUAUGAGGAGGAGGGCUACCUGCUGGAGAUAUCAGUCUGGGACAAGGACACAGGACGGCGAGACGACUUCAUUGGACGGUGUCAGCUGGACCUGUCCACACUGAGUAAAGAGCACACUCAUAAACUAGAGCUCCCCCUAGAGGAGGAGAAGGGUAUGGUGGUGCUUCUGAUCACUCUCACUGCCUCCACUGCCGUCUCCAUCUCUGACCUGUCAGUCAACAUACUGGACGACCCUCAUGAGAGACAGCAGAUUGACAAGAGAUAUGGUCUUCUGAGGUCCUUCACUAACGUUAAGGAUGUGGGUGUUGUCCAGGUUAAAGUUCUACGAGCAGAGGGACUGAUGGCUGCCGAUGUCACUGGGAAGAGUGACCCGUUCUGUGUGGUGGAGCUGUGGAACGACAGGCUACAGACACACACCGUCUACAAGAACCUCAGCCCAGAGUGGAAUAAGGUCUUCACUUUGAAUGUGAAAGACAUCCAUUCUGUGCUGGAGGUUUCAGUGUAUGAUGAAGACCGUGAUCGCAGUGCAGAUUUCUUGGGCAAAGUGGCCAUUCCUCUUCUCCAUAUCCACAACGGCGAACAGAAGGCCUACGUGCUGAAGAACAAGGAGCUGACAGGGCCAACAAAGGGGGUCAUCUUCCUCGAAAUAGACGUCAUCUUCAACUCCGUGAAGGCCAGUCUAAGGACAGUGGUGCCGGCUGAAAGGAAAUACAUUGAGGAAGAACAAAAAGUCUCCAAGCAGCUGUUACAGCAAAACUUCAGCCGAGUGAAACGGUGCAUCUUGUUCCUCAUUAACGUGUGCAACUACAUCAACAGCUGCUUUGAGUGGGAGUCCCCACAGAGGAGCAUCCUCGCCUUUCUGCUGUUUGUGGUGGUGGUGUGGAACUUUGAGAUCUACAUGGUUCCCCUCUCCCUGCUGUUGCUUUUGGCGUGGAACUACUUCCUGCUGGCGUCGGGGAAGAAGAGUCGUGAUGGAGACGUGGAAGCUGUGGAGGACUUCCUGCAGGACGAGGUGGAGGAGUACGAUAGAGAUGACAAGGACUCAGAAAAGAAAGGCUUCAUAGACAAGCUGUAUGCUAUCCAGGACGUGUGUGUGAGCGUGCAGAAUGCUCUCGAUGAGGUGGCUUCCUAUGGGGAAAGGAUAAAGAACACCUUCAACUGGACGGUGCCUUUCCUGAGCUGGCUGGCCAUCGCCUCGCUGUCUGUGGCCACCCUCGUCAUCUACUUCAUCCCCCUCAGAUACGUGGUGCUGGUCUGGGGUGUCAGCAAGUUUACGCGCAAGCUGCGCGACCCCUACAUGAUUGACAACAACGAGCUGUUGGACUUCCUGUCCCGAGUGCCCUCUGACGUGCAAGUGAUUCAGUAUCGAGAGCUGAAACUGGACCCAGGACAAAGCCCCAGCAAACGAAAGCGGAACAACCCAGGCUAGAGCUCCCCUGCGAAAAAACUUUUUUUAUUUAUUCAAAAACAUAAAGCACAGCUCAUGUACAUUUCUUUGUGAAUGCUGUAAAGACACUUGUAUUUGUACAAUUGUACACACUGUAAAAAGUGAUAUGGUAGCAGCCCAGGGUUGUACCAGUCUGCAGGAAUACCUCAGCAGCUUUCGGUACAACCCUCAUAUGUCCUCUCUUCUUGAGUGAGCACACUGCCAUCUGUAAAACUAAUACACACAUUCAGGCCAUCAUAACUUUGUAAUCUUUUUUUAUAUUACACCAGAUGUUACAUCGAUGAAGAUUUUCUGUACAUCUCACUCACGACAUAAGAGAAGAGUGUGUUGCAGCUAUUAUGAAUGCCAAGGUCCAUUUUAAUCAGUUGCAGUUACCAGUUAUUGUUUACCAUGAAAUGCAGCACCUAAUGAAGUACCUAAUGAUUAUUUAAAUGUUAUUUGAUUCAGUUCUCCCUGCUGAGCUUUUC